UUGGUUUUAAAGUCACCUCCACCGGCUCUAUUCAGCUUUGUAAACUCCGCUAACCUACGCAUGCUGCACGCUAUAUAGUCCUCUGCUCCCAUUGCAUGCCUCUCCACCUUCUCGCUCACCCUCAGCUCCUUAUCCUACGCCGUCCUCGUUCCCAUUCAGUCUCCGCCAUGGCUUCUUCGCUUCUUCUCCCAUCAGUCUCUCCCAGGAACCUCUCUUUCAGCGCUUCUCACUCGUUCCGCGGCUUUAACCUCUCGGGUUUCAGCCCUAGAAAUGUAGGCAGAUCCAGGGUUUCCAUGAGCGUUUCGGUGGGGUCCAGGACCUGCGUUGAUGACGCGUUGUUUGCGGAUUACAAGCCCACUUGUGCUUUUCUCUUUCCUGGUCAGGGUGCUCAAGCUGUUGGAAUGGGUUCAGAGGCUCAAAGUGUGCCAGCUGCAGCGGACUUGUAUAAGAAAGCAAAUGACAUUCUCGGAUUUGACCUUCUGGAUGUUUGUAUCAAUGGACCAAAAGAAAAGCUAGAUUCUACUGUUUUAAGCCAGCCAGCCAUAUAUGUCACAAGCCUAGCUGCAGUAGAGGUGCUUCGUGCUCGUGAUGGAGGUCAGCAGAUAAUCGAUUCUGUAGAUGUCACAUGCGGUCUAAGCUUGGGAGAAUAUACUGCUUUAGCAUUUGCUGGAGCUUUCAGCUUUGAGGAUGGACUCAAGCUGGUCAAAUUAAGGGGUGAAGCAAUGCAGGAUGCUGCCGAUGCUGCUAAAAGUGCUAUGGUCAGUGUCAUUGGACUAGAUUCAGAAAAAGUCCAACUGUUGUGUGAUGCAGCCAAUGAAGAAGUUGAUGAAGAUAAUAAAGUCCAAAUCGCAAAUUUCUUAUGCCCUGGGAAUUAUGCAGUCUCUGGAGGAGUGAAAGGAGUGGAAGCGGUUGAAGCUAAGGCUAAGUCAUUCAAGGCCCGAAUGACGGUGCGUCUUGCAGUGGCUGGUGCUUUCCACACUAAUUUCAUGGAACCCGCUGUCUCAAGAUUGGAAGCCACACUGGCAGCAACAGAAAUCAGAACUCCAAGAAUCCCAGUUAUAUCCAACGUUGAUGCGCAGCCACAUGCAGAUCCCGACACGAUUAAGAAGAUAUUGGCGCGUCAGGUGACUUCCCCGGUUCUAUGGGAAACAACAGUGAAGACUCUCCUAACCAAAGGACUAAAAAAGAGUUACGAAUUGGGGCCUGGAAAGGUUAUCGCUGGCAUUUUCAAGAGAAUGGACAAAACUGCUGACUUAGAGAAUGUUAGUGCUUGAUUGAGCUGGGAAUCAGAGGUUAUGCGCUGCGUUUUGUUUCCUCCCAUUUCUGCCGUGAAUUGAAUCUUUAGCUUCUUGGUGCAGUGGGUAUAGGUUCCUUUUUGAAGCCAAACCAAGCCCAGAUCUUGAAUUUUUAAGAUUUGUUCAACCGUAUUGUACCUUCAGUUUAUCAUUGGAGAGCUUGUUGGAUUCAUGUAGUUUCGGAGAGUUAUAUUGAAUAUUGUUUAUUACCAAUGUCUUAGAAUUGCUGCAUUACUCAAAGAAAUGAAGUAGAACCACUAGAGUCUUCAGUUUUC